AUGGCGUGCAGGCGGGCACAGGAGUUGGGGGUGGGCGAGGACGGCGAGACGGGAUGUCGGCGGAGGUCCGACCGCCUGCUCCCUGGCGCGCGCGCCCGCGUUGACAGGCGGGCCCCUUGCUCCGACCCCCCCCCCGCGAGCGGCCGAGGGCUCUUCUGCCCGCUGGCCAGCGGCACUGCGCUCAGUCCCCUCUCUUGCCUUCGCACCGGUCGGGCAAGCUCGCGCCGCGGUGACGCGGCGGCGACGCCGGCGCGAGUGCGCAAGGCUGAACUCCACCAGCUGCUUGAGUUCGGCCAGCACCCGUAA